AUGAGCGAACGACAGCCAAGGUCACAGAUCACCAAAUACUUCGACCUCGACCCUAUCACUAUCGGAGAAGUUUUAGAGACGGCAGCCGUAUCUGUUGGCGAUACACCCGUUGAAUCAAGCGACGCUGCUGCAAUACAAGAAGCAGAAAAGAGAUGCAUCAAUACAAGCGGCGACGAAACGGAAGGUGGUAGGUUGGGCGGCAAAGCCCAAGCCGCGGCAAGUUUCAAUGCCGGUGCAGCUCAAAACGUCAAUAAGAUAACCAUUUCUGAUGUUUUAUUGGAUGCUACUUCAAAGUUGCCUCGGGAUAAAGCUGUGACAUGUGAAGAUGCCGAUGAGGUGAAAGGUGCAGAGCUGAGAGCUAGGCCUCAAGCCGCUGCAAGGCCCGGUGGAGUGGCGGAUACGAUGGAAAAAGCUGCUAAGAUGAACCUAGACGAUUAAGAUGACGCCGCCUG